ACACGUGAGCUGAGUGAACCAUCGAUCUGGAGAAAUUUUGUAGUCGGGAAAGCUAUUCUAUAAAGAGAAAUUAUUUCGAGCCUCAGCAACAGAAGUCAUUUUUAAAUUUGUAGCCGAUGCUUCUUCGUAGCCGUUUGAUUUUGUUGAAGACGGCGUCGAUCGCCUUUGAGGCUGCGCCGACGAACCGGAGAUCCGCCGCCUUCCGAUUCUGCUCCGGCUCUGCUGAACCGUCCAAGGAGAUGGAGAAAGGCCAAGAACAGCAGAAGCCUCCAGCCACAAAAGGGGAUAUAAUGUCGGAUUCAUUUGGGCAUGAAUAUGCCACUCGCUCAGAGGAAGAAGGCUUUGGAGGAAUUUAUGGGAGUGAUCAAACUUUGAAGACAAAUGGAGACGACGAAGACAAUAAUCCCUUCACCUCAGAUCAACAAAAUGAGGGCCAAGGAAGUGAAAUGAAGAAGGAGAAGAAAGCCCGGCAAGAAGAAAAGGAAGCUGAUUAGAUGUUUAAUUAUUGCGCUGCUAGCUAGCUCUUUUGGUAGUUCUAUUGUGGUGAGAAAAUAUUUGUGGAAGUUCUGCUACUGUUGUUGUGUCGUCUGUGCAUGUUUAAUAUGUUCUAAUUAGCUGAUUUUCUGUAGGUUUUCAGUUGCAGAAUAAAGAAAAAUGGUUUCUAUC